CCUAUUUCUUGGACUAUCUUAUACGUCUCCUAUACUGUAUACAAACCCUAAAUAGUGAAGUACUACGACCACUGUCUUGAAAACAAUUUUAACAACACGAUCCGGGUCUGCCGCUAACCACCUCUCUCUCUCUCUCUCUCUCUCUCUCUCUCUCUCUCUCGAUUUGUCUCAAAAUGGAAGAUCAAUACGGGACGGGAGAUCUGCGCCACUUCAUCGAUGGCCGGCCUCACUUUCCGGCCAUCUCUCAGCCGCUGGAUUUUCCCUCCUGCCAUCGCUCCUCCUAUCCCUACGAUAUGCUCAUCUUCCGGCAGUCGGAUUCCAGUGGCAUCGCACCUUCAGCUGAGGGCGGCGCAGCUCUUAUCAGCUUCGAUGGUGGUAUAGCCAGCGGCGGCGCAGGGCGGUGGCCCAGGCAAGAAACGCUGACGCUUCUUGAGAUCAGAUCAAGGCUUGAUCCUAAGUUCAAGAAAGCCAAUCAGAAAACCCCCUUGUGGGAUGAGGUCUCAAGGAUUAUGUCGCAAGAAUAUGGAUAUCAGAGGAGUAGCAAGAAAUGCAGAGAAAAGUUCGAGAAUCUAUACAAGUAUUACAAGAAGACCAAAGAAGGCAAAGCCGGCAGACAAGACGGCAAGCACUACAGAUUCUUCCGACAGCUCGAAGCCCUCUACGGCACCAACAACAACUCCUCAUCAGCUUCUCAUUUUCACUGCAAUUUCCCAAGCAGCAACAACGAUCAAGAACCCUAUCCGUUAUCGAAGAUUUCCGACAGCAGCCUCCCGGACUCGUGCGACUGCGACGCCAGCUCAUCGCAGUGCACCGAUUCGAACGCGGAGGAGGCGAGGAUGAAGAAGAGGAGGGGCAAGAUGAGGAGGAGCCUGAAGGCGGAGAUCGAGGCGUCGAUUGAGGCCCAGAUGAGGAGCAUGAUGGAGAAGCAGGAGGCGUGGAUGGAGAAGAUGGCGAGAGCGAUCGACGGGAAGGAGCAGGAGCGCCACGUCAGAGAGGAGCAGUGGCGCCGGCAAGACGCAGCCAGGAUAGACGGAGAGCACAAGAUGUGGGCUAAGGAGAAGGCGUGGAUCGAGGCGCGCGACGCCACCCUCAUGGAGGCCUUUAAUAAACUGGCAGCACCGGAGAGCCAGGUCACGAGGCUGAUACCGGCGGAGGAGAUGGCGUUGGAUGAGAUUGCCGGAGGAUUGAUGUGUAGGGAGAAGUGGGAUCAUGUGAUCAAUGAUUAUCUCAUCAAAUGCAGCAAGAAGAAGAAGGAGGGUAAUAAUGCUUAUGAUUCGAUUUCCAACCAUGGGAAUGGUGCUGAUGCUGCUGCAAAUGAUGGACUCUUUAGGUGCUUCAUUGGAGAUUCGUAUCAAAGAUUAUGAUCCAUCUCAAGGAAAUGAAUUUGUGAUGGUUGUGUGUGUGUGAAUGUGUCGAUUCAUGUUGCUGGAAGAAGAUGCAAAGUGAGUUGAUGGAGCUGCUGCUGCUGCUGGUUGUUUCGUUGUACCAUUAGCUUUGUUGGAGGUACUUUUAUGACUUGUAAUUAAGUUGUAAUUACCCUAUGGUAAUGCUCAAAUAACGUAUUUGUCAUGAAUUAUGUGAGUAAUUGGAGUUAAGAUUUUAUUACAAUUAA